GCAAAGUGACAGCUCGUUCGCCGCGCGUUGUUGACAUGAGCGUGUAAAAUCUUUAGCGUCCCGGAGGUGUUUGCCUCGCGAUCGUUAAUUCUGCUGACGGAUGCUGUGCAAUUAAGAACCGCGAAAGAGUGCGGUGUGUCAAAGUUACAGAAUAACGAAUAACGAAAGAACACGAAAGAGAAUCGACUUUAACAGGACUGUCAUAAUUUUCAAAUAUCGUUGUGAAUCCAUCAUUUGGUUCGACCGAUACGACAGGAUUCAUUUUUUCCAAUGUAGAAAAUUCGAGCUCGAAAUAAAUAGGAAAAAUAAACGCUUGCAAUAGGCUCGAAAUUCUAUUGACCCUUUGAGUGAGACAGAACAUGAAAAAUCGAUUUUUGCAAAUGAAUCUUCGGCGUCGAACGGAAAAUUUCGAUAACGCUAAUUUGGAACGAACGAUUUGACAGUUAACGAACAAUCGCGUCUUUUUCCGAAAUCGUGCGUGAGUGUGCAACGAGCCGUUGUCGGAACGAAUUUCAUCACAGAAAACAGUGAAAACCUGAGAAAAUCCGUUGAUUGAAAAAAGUGAUUUGCAAAACCUAACGGAUUUCGGUAUGAUCCGUGGUCACGGUGAAGGUUCGUUAGAAACACUGGGUGGCGGGGAGGGAUGGAAGCUGCUGAAGACGCAAGGCUGGCUCAUCAGGGUCUGCACCAGCUCAUUGGCGGCUUACCGGCGCCCGGAAUACCCGGACUCGACGUCGUAAGAGCUCUCCAUCAGACAGUUAUUUCUCUGCGAUCGGCGUUGGAUUCGUCGCGCGAGGAGCUCCGACGUCUUCGCGAGAUCGUCGGCGACUUUCACGGGGAGAGUUACGCGGACGUUGUUGAACGUCUUUCCCUCGAGAAUCACGUGUUACGCCGACGGAUAUUGGACGAGGAUCGAAGCGGCGCUCGAAAGAGCACGAUAGAAAUAUCGUCGAGCGAUGAGACGACGGACACAAAGAACACAAAUCCGCCGCUGGCCAACCUCGGGAUCGAACAACAACAAAAACAACAGCGCCACCAGCAGAUUCGUUCUCUAACUCGAGAAAAGAACGAACACUCGCCCGAGAGGUCGUCAGCGAAGAUCGUCAUGGGUGAUGCAGAGGCGGAUAAGCCUGCGGUGGCUGAGGGAGAAGUCUCGGAGCAGUCGGGGACGAGCGUCGUUCAGGAGGACCCGGAAGACUCGAGGAUCUCGGUCGAGACGGUCGUCGAGGUGUCAGUGGAUGCUCCGGAGUCAAAAGAGGCUCGAGUCGAUCGGGGAGAGGAGAACGGAGCUAACGAGAGUGUCUCAUUGAAGGAGCAGGCGAAGAAUGCUCGUGCGACGAGCAAUCAGGAGCUUCUCGACGUACCGGAAAAGGAUCCGGAGGACGCGAGUCUGAGAAGCGUUUCGGACGGGGAUAAUUCGAUGUUCAGUGACAAUCCGGAGUGCGGGAACCAGCAAUCAACGUUGCCCGAGACUAAGGUCCACGCGGAAUCAGAAAACGAGUCGGAGGAGCUGGACGACAUCGAGCUCAUCUUCACGACCGACGAUACGUGUCGGGAUCUCGGGCUCCAGGAGGAUCUAGUUUCUAUAACGGAAAAUGAAAGCUGGCAAAACAACGGCCAAAGCCCGGCGGUGAAGUACGGAAAAACGAGCGAGGAAAGCCCCGUUUGCAACGGCGAGAAAAACAACAGCUCGGUCGAGGAAGCCGCUUCGUCACAGAGCUCGAGCAUCGAUCGCGAGGAAAGCGUUGACCGAUUCGACGAAAGCUCCAACACCAGGCUCAACAAAAUGUGGUCCCAAUGCUCCGUUCUCGUCGAAACUGACAUCAGCAAAUGCGGAGUCGUCGAAGAACCCGAACACUCCGCCAGACACGCCGCCAGGAGGAACACUCUCGCCGCACCCCCGACUGCUUACAGGCCGAUCAUACAUCGCGAGGCUCUCGCAGCUGGACGAAGAAAGAGUUCAGCCCCGUUGCGACCUGUGAUGGACCGAAGCUGCGGCGCAAGAAGAGAAUCCGGGGCGCAAACCGACAUUUCCGCUCUUCCCGCGCAGUGGCGUUCCGAAAGUUAUCUCGCUCACAAAGUUGCCCACACGUUUACGACGUUACCGAGCAAAUUUGCCCUGCCAGCCGGGGUUGCUGGUCGGCUGAGGCUCUCGGACAAAACUCGGGAGGCUCGUAGGGUCAUGCUGUCCGAUAUAAGCUUCACGAGCAUGGUGCCUGAGCUGUCGAGAAGCGCCGAUCACCUUUGUCACGAUCCACACUCCCAGAAUUGUUUCAAUGCUCGGGGCUGUGGACUGCGUACACCGGAAGUGAAUCGUCGGGAAUCCCUUGGAUCGCCAGCAGGCUAUUGGCCGGCUCGCUGCAAUCCAGGCACGGGCUUACCGAGCCCCUGUGAUUGUCGGCUCUCUACCGAUCUUUAUUCCUCGAGAUAUCGAGGCUCGUUGAGCUCGAUCCCGUCACCCGGGCUCGAGGUCGUCGGUGGACCACCGAGGAGACAUUCGUGGCGAGCGAAUGCAGCGUCCUUCGAUACGUGGCGUGUACCGAUGGCGACUUCGACCCCUCGGCCGACCUGGUCGUCGAUGCCUUCCUCACCCACUCACGUUCAUCCGCCAUCCGCUUCCUCCGCAUCGAGAAAUUCGAAAAAUCCACCCAAAAGAACACGAUCAAAAGUCACUUUUCAAGAAUGCCCAAUGACGCGUGGAAGUUUGCCGAAUUUACGUUCCGAUCUCGUAACCGGUGAAAACAGCGGUGACUCAACCGAGUCCUUGAUCGACGAAGCGGAAGAUUAUCUGAGACGCAGUAUCGACUCGAUGUUAACGAUAUCGAGCUCCGAUUAUUGGAGUAGGCAAACCGCGAGACGGCGACGAACGAGGAGACACUCGGAACCUGAUUUGUUCCGGGAAUGGAAUCCUCCGCAAGACGCGAGGCCAUAUUUGCCAAAGAUUCCCCGCGAUUUGAAACUCGACCAUCUCGUUAAAGUGAUAUCACCGGAAGGAAGAGUUCUUCAAGGUCGAGUGCGGUACGUCGGGCCUGUACCAGGCCGAGAGGAAGUUCACGUCGGUGUCGAGCUCCCGACCGAUUGCGGUUGUUCCGACGGAACAUUUCACGGACGGCGAUUCUUUGAUUGCGAGCCGGAGCGUGCGAUAUUCGUACCUUUCAAGAAAGUCGUGCUGGCCUGGUGCACCACCUGACCCGAGCCUAUGGUCGGUACGAGCGGCUCGACAUCGGCCUUCUCGACACCGAGGAUUUUGCUGUCCCAGUACACCAUGUGAGCUGAUCGAUAUCGAAUUAUUUGUGUAUAUAUAUAUAUGAAAAAAUCUAUAUAUAUAAAUGCUACAUACGUACAUUGUAACGCUACGUAUUUUACUCUAUAAAUUAUAAAACUAGUAUACUCAUAUCUUCUUAACAGAGAAUACGAAAGAGAGAGAGAGAGAGAGGAGAGAAAAACUCGCGUGUGCCACACGCGAUGUAUUCGCGUCAAUCUAUUUUUUUUUCGUCUCAGAGUUUCGAUCGUUUCGCGCGCAUCAGCUCGUACGUUAUGAGCGUAGAUUAUUAUUCUUUCAAUAGUACGUGCUGACCUAGGACAAAACGUGAGCAAGAUUGCCGGCGGAAAGAUAAAAACUGCGAGAAGGUAUAAAUGCCUGAACGAAAUGAGUGUGCGUUAACGCAUUCGAUAACGAAAAGAAAAAAAAAUCACUUUAGCGUUCCAGGUUCGUAGGCGAAGCAUCUUUAUUUUUAUUUUAAACGAUAAUUGUGCAUAAUGAGUUUGCGGAAGAAACUAUAAGAAAUCCAAUAGUCGUCGAUUUUGCUCGUGUCCGCGUAAGACACGAUCCUCAACGUGAUAAAAUAUAUGUUCGAGUAAAUAAGGGAAGGCUAAACCACACACACACGCGCGCGCGCGCACACACACACACACACACACACACACAAAUGAAGAAACCUAUUGACUGUCGAUGAUAAUCAAAAGUAUACUAUGUGCAAAAACAUUGUCGGAUCUUAAUGACGACGCAUUCGAAAGAGGCUAAGUGAAUUCAAAGAUGAGGGUAAAGAAAAAAAAGACUCGAGGUUACAGAGCGAGUGUGAUGGGGGAGAAAAAAAUGAAAAAAAAAACGUCUUGUGGAGAGAUUGGUUUUUUCUGAGGCUCCGGUGGCUGGCUUUGCGCACAUUAUUGUCGACUCUCCGAGACAACUAUGCGCCAAGCUUUCUUGAUAAAUCAUAUCAAAUGACUGUACAUUCUGUGAACGAAGGUCUCGAAGGAGAACGAGAGAAUAUUGGAGAUAAAGAAAAAGAAGAAAAAAAAGAGUUCGCGGUUUCCGCGGUUCUCGGUUUCGACGAAGAAACCGAGAAACGUUCCUUCUAUUUAUGCGAGACGUAUUUAAUGUAGAUCAAUGAAAUAUGUAUAUUAACUACCAUUUAUGACGAAGAGCAGAUGAGAAGAAAAAUACCGACACCGGAUGUCGACAAAGAAUUGAUGUUGUAACGAUCCCCAGUAAAUCUGAUCGUCUAUUUAAACGCAUAUUAAAAAUUAUCGUGAGAAGGAGGCAUUUUUUGGGACUGCGCAUGUCCUGGGUGAAAUAUAAUAUUUAAACCGAGUAUUAUUACUGGAAUAUAUAUUCGGGCGAGAGGGGCUUAUUUUUUGCCAUUCACGAUUUCGUACCUGUUUCAAUGACGAUCUGUAAUCGCUGCUUGUAUAUCUCUUUACAAGAAAUUCACUUAUAAGUAAAAAAAAAAAAAAAAAAAAUUGUACUUUUUUCGUUAUGUUUAUCUUAAUGCGAUGAAGAAGAAAAAGCUUUUGUGAUAACAACUAAUUCCGAUAAACAUUAAAUUCGCGAUUUGUUCUACGGCAUGACGAAUAUUUAUUUCGUUUUUAAGUACUCAAUCGUGUAUUUUUUCUCGUGAAGUUCGCACCUUCGAAAAUUAACGUGAAAUGAAAAAUCGUCCGGGCUUCGCGCACUGAACGGCCGUACCUGUUUCAAAGUUUGAACGUUGUUGCUUUUCCGGCACAUCAUUGUAGCAAGUAAAAUAAGUGUAAAAAAGAAACAACUUGCACCACGAAGCGGGUGACGUCAGAAUCGAUGGAUUAGGAAAAUGCGACUCGUCGCGAGUUCAUGGACUCGAAAUUAUUUUUAUUCGAUCGAUUUGUGAAACCAAUUAGUUAUUUCAAUAUUCACACGAAUGAUGUAACUCAAGUUAUUUAGUAAUUAGACAAUCGGUAUGGAAAUUUGCCUCUUUGAAGCGACGAGAAUUAAAAUGUUCACUUCGAUAUUCAUAUUGAUGAUUUGACGAAAUCGAAGUUUGACAAGAGGCUAUGAAUAUUGACGAGUCUUGUUAUAUAUUAUUGGAAGGUCGAGAUAGGUGGCUAACUCGAUUAACGAAGGCCCCGUCCCCAUUCAACUUUAAUCGACUCGUCGCAUGAGUCGAAGUUUGUUAUCGGAGAAACGUAAACGAGAUCGGACGGCCGCGCCGAGUUCUCCCAUCACCCGGCGCUUCAUGUUAGUUAAUGAAUUUAGUAAACGUCCUCCUCGCAAAACAACAUACUUCGAACCCCUAUAUAUACCCCGCCAAUCAAUGUUAGUUUACGCCAUUUCAGUACAACAACAAACAAAAUGUGUCUAACAAAGCACCAAUUAGUCCGUUAAUUUAAUUCAGUACAACAAUCUCGAUUGUGAUCGUGUCUAAUACAAUAACGAUUUUUUAUCAAUAUUAUUAUCAUCGUUAUUAUUAUUUUUAUGAAUAAUUUAAGUUUCAACGGAAACGUUAUUAUGAGAAGCGCAGUAUUGACUACCGAUUUACAAAGAUUGCCGGAAAAUCAUUUUUUUUCUUACAUUUUUUUCCGAUAUUCCGACGAAGAGUUUUUGGAUAACGUUAAUAUUUGCAUAAUUAUGAUGACGAAGCCACUAAUUUUCACUUAAUUUAAAAUGGAUUCAAUCGACUACUCUGCCAUGGUGCAGAAUUAUUUUCAAAGUAGUCGCUUUACGACAGAAAAAAAGUAGGCAAGAAAUGAGAAACAUAUUAUCGUCGUGAUCUCGAUUCUUCAUUGAGCGAGGGGUAAAAAGGAACGAAAAUUGUUACUCAAUGUGAAGCAGCCAGGAAAAGUAUUGAAACUUCAAAACUCGGUUUGAUUGCGAUGAAAAAUAUUUAUAAAUGUAUUAGUACGAGUGUUAUAGGGCUACCGAGCCGAGGCCAGAGACCAGCAGCAACAGAACCGCGAAAACGAUUCACUCUCCCGACCUCUUACGCCCAGCGGGGUCUCUCCCAUUAUUUUAUCAUUUUGACGUAAUUAUCAGCAGAUUUAAUAGUGAGAUUUAAAUGAUGGUAAACGUAAAUACGUGUUCCUGCUGUCACGAGAAUCCGCGCUCGUGGAACCCUCCGCUCGAAAUGUGAAAACUAGGAAAUUCCAUAUUUUCCAAAAUCAACUUUUCUCUCGAUUUUGUAUGUGAAAACUGGGCAUUCAUUCUGGGCCUUUCUAUACUGAAAAAUAUAAGCCCAAUGAGUUGGAACGGUGGCCAAAGUUUACCACGUUAUCUGUCACCGUCGAAUUGGAAAAGACCGAAUUUUGACACAACAUUCAAGUGACAUUGAUAUCCAUUCAGAAUAACCGAUCGGAGAAUAUUCUUUUCCAGACUUCAAACAUUGAUUCCCACAAUAUUAAUUCGUAUCCCACGAUCAAUAGCGAACAUCCCGCUAUUUUAACAGCCGUUAAAAAUGAAGUAAAUAAUGAUGAAUGUAAAUUCUGCGACCAAAAACGAGAUUAUAAUGCCCGCGGUGGAGCAAUCAAGAGCGCUUCAAGUACAAAUUUCGAUCGGAGGGUUCCAAGUGCGAUUAUAAAAAAAAAAAAUUUUUAAACAUGUCGGAUGGGCUCUAUUGAAGAUUGUAGAAACAGCAGGGCGAGAGAAAGAGGUCUGAACGCGCAUUAAUUUACCGAAAGUACCGAUUAAGUAUCUGAGUUUUAAGUGUUUCGAUGUGACGUGUAGUUAGAGAAAGAAAUACAGCUUCGUCGCUCUCUCGCACAGAGGAAGAAGAUGACAAUUAUGAAUGAGAGAAAAAGAGAUGGGAAGAAAAAAAAUGAAAAGAAAAUAAUAAUGAUAAUGAUAAAAUUGAAUGAUUAUGAAAACGCUACUGGUGUUGAAAACCCUAAAUAAUUAUAUUAAUAUGGUAGAUUAUAAACAAUGCUCGAUGAGAGGGAACGACGUUAUUCGGUGCGCCGCUAUAUUUAUUGUAUCUCAACUAUAUAUUAUUGGUACGACGAUGUGUGUACCGGAGAAAUAAAAUAUUAUUACUGUACAAAGGA